CCGGAUAGGGCGGCGCGCGGCCGGAAGUGGGGCGGAGGCGGGCGGAGCGGCCGGCGGGCGAGAUGGCGGCGGCCUACGAGCAGGUGCAGAAGGGGCCGCUGAAGCUCAAGGGCGUCGCGGAGCUCGGCGUCGCCAAGCGGAAGAAGAAGAAGAAGAAGGACAAGGACCAGGCCCAGCUGCUGGAAGCCAUGGGGACCAGCAAGAAGAGCGAGGAGGAGAAGCGGCGCGGCCUGGACAAGCGCACGCCCGCGCAGGCGGCCUUCGAGAAGAUGCAGGAGAAGCGGCAAAUGGAGAGGAUCCUGAAGAAGGCCUCCAAGACCCACAAGCAGAGGGUGGAGGACUUCAACCGGCACCUGGACACGCUGACCGAGCACUACGACAUCCCCAAGGUCAGCUGGACCAAGUAGCCCCGCGGCCUCUGGAGCGUCGUCCAGGAGCGGGAGGCCCCCGCCCGAGACCAUUAAAACCCACCCGCCCUCCGG